AUGUCGAGUGAUCACGUUGAUGAAAUUACAGCACCUAAGUAUAAUGAAUUGUACCAAUUAGUGAACGAGCAACGAGCUAAACUCAAACAGCUAGAAGAUGAAUUAGCACUGGUAAAUGUGAAAAAUGACGAGACACCAUUGAACACUAAGACAAAUGAUGAAUCGAUAGAGUUUCGUGUCAUCCCAGACGUCAAUAAGUCAGUGAAAUGUUUUACUGGAUUGGAACCUUCUCACGUAGCCGAAGAUUGGUUGGAAACGAUAGAGGGUUUAGCUGAUUUGAAUCGGUGGCCAUCCAAAUUUUGUCUACAUUUUGUACGUUCGAAUAUGUCUGAUGCGGCACGUAAUUGGUUUUUAUCGAAAAAUUUUGUGAGUUGGUCCACGUUUCGUGAGAAGUUUAAACUAGUGUUCGUACGUGAAUUACGCAUGGCCGACAAGUGGGACGCUAUGCGCAGUCGUGUACAACACAAGGAUGAAUCACUGAUGUCAUAUUUUCAAGAUAAGGUGCGGUUGUGCAAAGGUGUCAGAUUACAGUUCGAAGAACUUCGCGAUUAUGUUCUACAGGGCAUUUUACCUCGGGAACUCGCGAUGUAUGCAUUUGGAAGGAAGCACUAUGACGAAGACCAAUUACUCAUAGAUAUAUUGGAGUGGCAACGUCAGUCUGAUCGUCGUGGAGAUCAGCCAAACACUUCCGUAAUUACUAAAGUCGAUCAUAGUAAGAUGUGGUCAAAAAAAAGAAACAACAAGUAA